CAAGAACUGUAAAGACAUGGUCAUCACUCCGCAGCUGUGAUGAGCAGCAAGCAGUGAGCGUGAGGACGUGUCAGAGGAUGCUCCUGAGCUGCGUGAUCCAGUGCUGAGGGAGGUCCACAGAGCCGACUGGUCGGUCCCCACCAUGUCUUACCACCAACAUUACCAGCGAGGCCCUCACGGCCGCACCAUGAGCUCUGAAGACAGGAGCGCCACGCCAAUCAACAAGACCUCCACACCGGUUCACAAGAGCGCCUCCUCCUCUUCUUCUUCCCAGCGCGACAGCCGGCAGGAGGCCGACAGCUGGGAAAUCAUUGAAGGGCUGAAAAUCGGUCAGAGCAACGUCCAGAGGCCUGAUAAACACGAGGGUUUUAUGUUGAAGAAGCGGAAAUGGCCCCUGAAAGGCUGGCACAAGCGUUUUUUUGUUCUGGACAAUGGUAUCCUGAAGUACUCAAAGUCCCCCAUUGAUAUCCAGAAAGGCAAACUGCAUGGCAGCAUCGAUGUCGGCCUCUCAGUCAUGUCCAUCAAAAAGAGGGCCCGUCGCAUCGACCUGGACACCGAGGAGCAUAUCUAUCACCUGAAGGUCAAAUCUCAAGAAAUCUUUGAUGCCUGGGUGUCCAAGUUGCGUCAUCACCGGCUUUACAGACAGAAUGAGAUUGUGCGAUCUCCCCGGGAUGCCACCAUGCGGACGUUUCCUCCCCCAGCUGCCAUGGACUCCCCUCAACCUGCUGCGAGUGUGGUACAUGAAGCAAAGCAGGCCAAGCCAAGCAGCCUGCCGUGGCAGCCAGUGGCUCCCAGCAACAGCACCAACAGCAGCCUGCCUGCCUCCUACAGUAACGGCCAGAGCAAGGUGGUUGCUUGGCUCCAGGAAUCAGAGGAGAUGGACAAGUGUGCAGAGGAGCUCGCACGAUGCCAGUCCAACCUGACUGAGCUGAGCCGGUUAUUGCAGAGUCUGGAGAUUCUACAAAGGACACAGUCAGCACCCAAUUUUACAGAUAUGCAGAUCAAUUGUGUAGAAUUGUCAAAGAAAGAAAAGCGCUUGAACAGAAGAUGGAGAACAAAAAGUGUCGGCAAAGAUGCAAAAUUCCAGCUUCAGGUCCCUCUGUCUGCCAGCAUGUCCCCUGUCCGCCUACACUCAUCCAAUCCCAACCUGUGUGCCGAGCUGGUGGACUUUCAGCCCCCUGUCUCCCGGCUAACAGACAGCGUAGAGUGUGCCAGUGACUACAUUAAACUUCAGGAGGAAUUCUGCACCAUCGCCCAGAAAGUCCACUCUCUACUGAAGUCGGCCUUCAACACUGUGGCCAUAGAGAAAGAAAAGAUCAAACAGAUUCUAUCUGACCAGGAGCAGUCAGACCAGUCAGCCCAGAUCAACUCCCUCAGGAAGUCUCUGUCACAGGCCCUGUCCCAAAACGCAGAGCUUCGAACUCGACUCAACCGUAUCCACUCUGAAUCUGUCUUGAGUGAACAAGUUGUCAGUGUGAACAUCAUCUCCACGCCUGAUGAGGCCGGGGAACAGAUGGGGAUCCCUCUGACUCAGCAGGCCUCUAAUGAGAGCCGACUGUCCAUGUCAGAGUCUGUCUCUGAGUUCUUUGAUGCCCAGGAAGUGCUUCUGUCGGCCAGCUCGUCGGAGAAUGAGGGCUCAGACGAUGAGUCAUAUGUCAGCGAUGUGAGCGAUAACAUUUCCGAGGACAACGCCAGUGUGACUGAUAACGUCUCCAGACAAAUGGCCAAUGGAGACUUUGCUGGCAGUGCCUUCCGUAACGGGCGACGCACCUGCCUGCCGGCGCCGUGUCCUGACACCAGCAACAUCAACCUCUGGAACAUCUUGAGGAACAACAUCGGCAAGGACCUGUCCAAAGUGUCCAUGCCUGUGGAGCUCAACGAGCCCCUCAACACCCUGCAGCGCAUGUGUGAAGAGAUGGAGUACAGUGAGCUGCUGGACAAGGCUGCUGAGACAGAGGAUCCCUUCGAACGCAUGGUUCUCGUCGCUGCUUUUGCCGUCUCAGGCUACUCAUCCACUUACUAUAGAGCAGGAAGUAAGCCAUUCAACCCGCUACUCGGAGAGACUUAUGAAUGUAUUCGAGAAGACAAGGGCUUCUGUUUUUUCUCGGAACAGGUGAGCCACCACCCUCCCAUCUCCGCCUGCCACUGUGAAUCUAAGAACUUCACCUUCUGGCAAGAUGUGAGAUGGAAAAACAAAUUCUGGGGGAAAUCUAUGGAGAUUUUACCAGUAGGGACUGUGAAUCUCAUGAUUCCCAGGUUUGGAGAUAACUACGAAUGGAACAAAGUCACCACCUGUGUACACAACAUCCUCAGUGGUCGACGGUGGAUCGAACACUAUGGGGAGAUCACCAUCAGAAACACAAAGAGCAGCGCCUGCCUCUGCAAACUUACCUUCGUCAAGGGAAACUACUGGAGUUCUAAUGUGAAUGAGGUUCAAGGAUUCGUAAUGGAUCAGGAAGGGAAAGUGAUCCACAGGCUUUUUGGAAAAUGGCACGAGGGCCUUUACUGUGGUGUCCCACCUUCUGCUAAAUGCAUCUGGAGGCCAGGCUCCAUGCCCACAGACUAUGAGCUGUACUAUGGCUUCACCAGGUUCGCCAUUGAAUUGAAUGAGCUUUGCCCUGAGCUGAAAGAUGUCUUGCCGCGUACCGAUGCCAGAUUCAGGCCUGAUCAAAGGCAUCUUGAAGAAGGGAACUUGGAGAUGGCAUCCACAGAGAAGCAGCGAAUUGAGGACAUGCAGAGAGCCAGGAGGAAGUGGAACGAGGAGAACAACAUCAAACAGGAGCCACGCUUCUUCAAGAAAGUGGUUGAUGCCAAUCACAGGGAGAGGUGGGUCUCCAAUAACAUGUACUGGGAGCUCCGCAAAAACCCCGGCUUCAUCAAUAUGGAAUCUACAGCGAACCUGUGGUAGCAAAUGGAUUGUUCUGUCCAUCAUAUCGUCAUCGCAGACAAAAAGGCUGUUACCUAUGCACAAUAAGGUGUUGCGAGAAACAUGUUAAUGAUAAAAAACAUCCGUGUGCAUGGAUAGGAGCGGCUGCAGAGCUGAGGGAUGGCCUGAUGCCCAGCGACCCUGUCGAGGGUCUGUGGCACUGCCACACGGUCACCCAUCCAUGGAAACAUCCUGUAGGAUCACCUUCAUAGUGCUUGUCCAAGCUGGGUUGUCAGGGCAACAGUCGAACCACUCCUAUGUAGAUCUAUCCUCAGCUCCUUUGACUUCUGAGUAUGUCCUUGCCUUAAAACGACAUGUCACACGAUUUAGCGCUUUUUAGUCAAAGCCAUUUGAUUUCUGACAGCCGUUUGGGUUAGACUAGUCUAUGAAGUAGACAUUUUGAUUACCUAUGAUACCGUGCAUGUUUAGAGAGCAGCUUUCACUGGCAUAAAGCCGUAUUUACUAUGUCAUCAAUUAUUGUAGAAAAAAAGAGGUAUUUUUAUAAAAUAUCUUGGACUCACAAUUUAGUGAAAAAGUACUAUGUGAAUUGGCAGAUUUUAUUUAUUCUUGCCUUUUAAUACUGUUGAAUCUGUGUGAUAGCAGUACUCUCUCUCGGGAAACAACUCAUUUACUUCAAACCCCCUCCUCCCCCAACUGAGCCUAGCCUCCCUUCAAACACCAGUCCUUGCACUCCCCCUGCAUGGUUACAUGAAACCAACUCCUCUGAGUCACAUGGUUACAUAAACACAUAUGUAACUCCCUCCAUGUAUAGUGGGCACACAUUCAGUUUGUCCGGUCUCAGUGUGGUACAGGUAAAUGUCUUGUUUCAGUGAAAUAACAGACACUCAAACAUUAGAUGUUUGGUCAUCUUAGUGUCAAGAGUCUAAGAAAACACGGUGUAGUAGGUUGUGGAGGUCGUGAAGCCCUCUGAGACACUUUUGUGCUUUAUAAAUAGAGCUGACAGUGAAGCAUGAGUAAUACAGUCAUAUUUCAAGGCCAAACAUUCAUUUACUAUACAUCCAUCCACACAGCUAUAGAUCUUAUUUUAAACCAUUUAAUCAAUCAGUCAAUUAUUUUCUGUCAAAAAUGACAACUUCUCAUCACAGUUUGCCAAAGCAAUGUCUCAAAUGCAGAAUCCUAAUUCUGACAAACAACCAAAAAUGUUCAUUUAAAAUUAAACAAAGAAAAUUGAUAACUCUUGGCAUUUUUUUUAAACUAUUACCAGCAAACAUUUCGUUUUUCAGGAUAAAUUACCUACAUUAUUAAUUAUUACCAGAACCGGUAUACAUCUUCUGAUUAUUUAAUUAAUCAGUUAAUUAUGUCUGCAAACCAUGAGUCAUCCAGCCACCUGUGUACAGUUAUGAAACACCAGAGACACCUACAGGUCGUCCCAUGAAAAUGCAGUUUCAGGAUAAAUGAUCAUUUUAGAUGUGAGAGCCCAACACGUUUGUACAGUAACAAUUGCACUGUACAAACAUUAAAAUUUAUGUUUUAAUGUGUCUGAUUCCCCAGAGACUUUACUGCUAUGAUGUGGUGUGGGCUUCUGCAAAGCACCAGUUACUUAUUUGAAGUUUCUAUAUUUAUUGCAAAGCAGAUUAGCUUUAAUGUUUUAACUAGUGGACCCCCCCCCCCUUUUGUGUUACAGAGUAAGAAAAUAAAACAGGGGGCCUUUGAUUGAAAUCAACCCCAACACACCCGAGCAGUCACACAUUGUGUAUGAGAGCACAUUUUUAAGUUGAUUCCCCUUGUUCAGGACUGCAGGGUGAGGACCCUGAAGGAGAGAGUAUAAAUAUGUAGAGUGAAAAACUAUGUGAAGCAAAUCCAUCUUGUGUGCACUGUUCACAUGGUACUGUAGAUUCAAACCAAAAAAGGUAGUACUGCUUUGCAUCCAUACUUUUUUUUUUUUUAAUGUACGUUUUGUGCUUUUAAUUUUAUCCCCAAUCACAAACUCAAUGCUACAUCUUGUCAGCGUCAGUUUCACUUGCUGUGCCUUAAUGCAUUUAUUAAUGCCUCACAAACACACCACUAAUGAGAAUCCCCAUGCCAAGAAGGUAGGCCAUUAACAAGUCAAACUCCACACAUUCUCCGGUCUCCACCUGCCUACAGACAAAAAACUAUAUUGAGGAGUUAGCUGUGGACAAAAUGAUUUUGAGGGAAAUGUCUUUGAUGUUAUACGUGAAAAAAAAAAAGGUUUACCUGACUGUAAAAUGCUUGCAGUGUUCAAAGAUGUUCUGCACUGCUCUGCUACUCCAAUAUGUAACCAGUACAUUUUUGGUGAUCACUGUAAAUACAGCACAUUUUAGAAGAUGGGUCACUACUGCAAAAGCGGAUUCCUUUUUCCUCCUACAUCAGUGAUUUUGUUUCACAAGACUGAAUCCCAGCAGCAGUUUUGAGUGGAGGUCGGGGCAAAGCUUUGCGUAGUGUUUGGUAUCAUAGAGUCAGACUGUAGUGAAGAAAAAAAAACAAAAAAAAAAAUCAUGAAACCUUCUCAUGCUUUCUUCGUCCAUUGUUCUACCUGCAUGUCUAGACAACUUAGCCUGCCAAUGAAUGUUGCAGAUGCCUUAUUAAAAAAAAAGUUUUUGUUUUCUCAAUUGGGCUCUCAUGUUUUGUUUUUGUUUUGGACUGACAUGCAUCACAAAGUGUCAGCUCAGUUUUCUUUCCAAUCUGUUUCCUAAUGGGUACCUUCUAAAGUGCAAUUUUAACAAAGUACAUAUCUUUCCAUGAACACUGUACAAUGCUGCUACAUAGUGCUUGUUCUAAUAAAACUGUAAAACUCAGCUGAUGAGGAGUGAGUGGUUUAUAUGUAAAAGACAUGGGUUUAAGAUCGAAAUAAUCUUUCCACAUGAAAAUUUCAUUGUGAAUGGAGCUGUGUCAAAUAAUCUUUCUGUCUUUAAUGACAGGAAAUAGUGAAAUAUGUCCGGUCCAGUUUCUAAUAUGAUGUCUUAAAAUGUCUAGUUGUGUGUUGGUAUUUCUGCUUGAAAAAUUACUUAAACCAUUAAUCACUUAUCAAAAUAGUUACUGUUCAUUUUUCUGUUCAUCAACUUACCAAU